AUGGGAGGAGGGACACCCUGCAACACCUGCCCCUCUCACCACUCUGCAGCAUCUGGUCGACAGCUGCAGCAGCAGGACCCAGGGGCUGAGACUGAAGAGGACCAUUCUGUGACCGAAGGGCCUGUGGGUGAGAUCAUUCGGCCGAGGCCGCAGGGGUCCUCACCUGUUUAUGAAUACACAGUUGAAGGUGCUGGCUUCGGAGCCCAGGAAAGCAACCAGGGCAGGCGCAGCUCCUCUGGCAGACGGAGAUCCUGGUGGAAAAGGGAUUCAGGGGAAUCCACAGCUUUCUCCAGCAUGAGUCACCCAGAGACCAUGCAGGAGGCAACAGAAGUGACCCUGAACACUGAGGUAGAGGCCGGAGCCAGUGGCUACACUGUCACAGGUGGAGGGGACCAGGGGAUCUUUGUCAAACAAGUGCUGAAGGACUCCUCUGCUGCAAAACUAUUCAGCCUGAGAGAAGGGGAUCAACUUCUCAGUGCAACCAUAUUCUUUGACCACAUGAAAUAUGAAGAUGCUCUUAAAAUCCUUCAGUACUCAGAACCAUACAAAGUGCAGUUCAGAAUCAAACGGAAGCUCUCUGCCAGCAAGGGAGAGGAGUCAGCCAUUCUGCAUUCUCAGCAAGGCUUGAAAAGCCAGGAAAAGCAGGACAAGGACACUGCUGAUGGAUACAUGGAGACCCCUACAAAGACACUAGAGGUAGAUGGAGACCGAGAAAGGCUUAUUUCUAAGUCCAGGGACGGUCGCCAGAGGCGUCCCCAGGACAGACUCUCCUGGCCAAAAUUUCAAGCCUUAGGGAGCAAGCGGGCAUCAGGUCCCCGACGCUCACACAGUUCCUCAGAAGCCUCAGAGCAAAGGGACACACAUGAAGUGUCCCCCACAAGCACAGACACAGAGGCCCAGCUGACAGCUGACAGCCAGGAGCAGAAGUCAGGGACAAGAAGACGAAGAAGGAAGUUCCUGAACCUGAGAUUUGGGAUGCGCUCAGGGCAGGGCGCAAAUAUAACUGAGCAGGCAAGCAGAGAGCCACAGGACAGGCACGGUCAUGCUGGACUGCUGGAAGAGUCCCAGUUACAGGAGGAUGAGACACAGGCAUCUGGGUUCACGUCUGCUCUAGCUACACAGAUGCCCACGAAGCUCAGUCAUUCCAACUUGGAAAAAGAAGGCCCUGGAGAAAUGGUGGUGAAAACAGACAAACAUCAAAGAAAGAAAAAGCAGUUGGCAAAACAAGACAAGGAGAAGACAUUUAGCCAGCACAGAGCAGAGCCAGCCCCAGGAAGCAGCUGGGAUGACGAAUGGGAGAUAGUAGAAAGUCUGGAGAUGGGCAUUGCAAGACUGUCCCUGCAAGACAAACCUGACCAAGGCAGCACACAGCUUGCACUGUGCAACUCAAAAACCCCAGAAACUGGGUUUUCGAAAAACAAGACAAAAGAGACAAAAAAAGGAAGUAAAGAAGUUGGAAUAGGGGAGAAGGAAAGGAGAGAACCAGUAGACAGGGGCAGAAAAGACAGGCAAGUGCCAGCGGAGUCACAAGGAAGGAAGGGAAACGCUACAGAAAAAGGAGGAAAGGGUGGAAGAGCAGGCUGGGAGAGUGAACAGGAGAAGAAAGACACAGAACAGGUCACACAGACAGGACAAAUAAAGGUGAAGAUGCCGAAGUUCAGGAUACCAUCCUUUGGAAGGUCUCCAAAUAAGGAGGCAGUAACAGUGAAGAGGGAGAGAAAAGAAGUGAGUACAGAGGACAAUGAGACAAUGGACGAAGAAAAACGGAAAGAGGAACCAGAGAAAAAGGAAAGGGAAUGUAAGGAAGACAGACAGAUAUCAGAGAAAACAGAGAGCAGAAAGGCUGCACAGGCAAUGCACAUAGAGGCAGACAUUGGAGACAACGGCGGGGAAUGCUCAGAAAGAGAAAUAAGCUUCAAGAUGACCAAGCUCAAGGAGCCAUGCUUUUGUGAGUCUCCACCAGGCAAACCUGGUACACAGGCUUCGAUGGUGGUGCAAACACACAAGAUGGAAGCAGAGAUGUCCCUGCCCUCCAUGCAGGGUGAACUUAAGACUCCAGACCUCAGCAUUCAUCUGCCGUCCUCCAAGCUGGAGGUCAAGGCAGGCCAGGCAGAUGUGAAGAUAGCAGACGUGCAGCUGCCUGAGGGAGAACAGAUCGCACAGGAUGCUGACGGAGCCAGCCUGAAGGGCCACCUGCCCAAAAUACAGAUGCCCAGCUUCAAGAUGCCCAAGGUGGACAAAAAGGGCCCCACAGUGGACGUGAAGGACCCCACAGCGGAUGAAAAGGGCCCCACAGUGGACGUGAAAAGCCCCAAAGCUGAGAUUAGUGGGCCUGACAUGGAGGUGUCCUUGCCUGGCGUGAAGGUAGACGUCCAGGCCCUAGGUGCCAAGCUACAGAAGGACGUGCCCCAUGCUGAAAAGGAUGUGGCCACCAAAGACAGCAAGUUCAAGAUGCUCAGCUUCAAGAUGCCCAAGGUGGACCUGAAGGGACCCCAUGUGGACUUGAAGGACCCCAAAGUGGAGCAGAAGGGCCCCACAGUGGACGCAAAGGGCCCCACGGUGGAUGUGAAAAGCCCCCAAAGCGAUGUGAAAAUGCAGGAUUUAGAGGUGUCCCUGCCCAGCGUGGAGGUUCAUGUCCAGGCUCCAGGUGUCAAACUGGAUGGGGACCAGGCCAUGGUCGAUAAGGACAUGGCCGUCAAAGACAGCAAGUUCAAGAUGCCCAAGUUCAAGAUGCCCUCUUUUGGCGUUUCCGCAACAGGCAAACCCAGCAUGGAAGCCACUAUGGAGGUGGCAGCUCCCAAGAUGGAGGCAGAGGUGUCCCUGCCUUCCAUGCAGGGUGAACUUAAGUCUCCAAGCCUCAACAUUCAUCUGCCGUCCUCUAACCUGGAGGUCAAAGCUGGCCAGGUAGAUGUGAAGGUGGCAGAAGUCCAGCUGCCUGAAGGAGAGACGACCGCACUGGAUGCUGACGGAGCCAUCCUGAAGGGCCACCUGCCCAAUUUGCAGAUGCCCAGCUUCAAGAUGCCCAAGGUGGACCUGAAGGGCCCCACAGUGGACGUGAAGGGCCCCACAGUGGACGUGAAGGGCCCCACAGUGGACGCAAAGGGCCCCACGGUGGACGUGAAAAGCCCCAAAGCUGAGAUUAGUGGGCCUGACAUGGAGGUGUCCUUGCCUGGCGUGAAGGUAGACGUCCAGGCCCAAGGUGCCAAGCUACAGGAGGAUCUUCCCCAUGCUGUAACGCAUGAGGCCACCAAAGACAGCAAGUUCAAGAUGCCCAAGUUUAAGAUGCCCUCCUUCGGCGUGUCCACAACUGGCAAACCCAGCAUGGCAGCCACUAUGGAGGUGGCAGCUCCCAAGAUGGAAGCAGAGGGGUCCCCGCUCUCCAUGCAGGGUGAACUUAAGACUCCAGACCUCAGCAUUCAUCUGCCGUCCUCCAAGCUGGAGGUCAAGGCAGGCCAGGCAGAUGUGAAGAUAGCAGACGUGCAGCUGCCUGAGGGAGAACAGAUCGCACAGGAUGCUGACGGAGCCAGCCUGAAGGGCCACCUGCCCAAAAUACAGAUGCCCAGCUUCAAGAUGCCCAAGGUGGACAAAAAGGGCCCCACAGUGGACGUGAAGGACCCCACAGCGGAUGAAAAGGGCCCCACAGUGGACGUGAAAAGCCCCAAAGCUGAGAUUAGUGGGCCUGACAUGGAAGUGUCCUUGCCUGGCGUGAAGGUAGACGUCCAGGCCCUAGGUGCCAAGCUACAGAAGGACCUGCCCCAUGCUGAAAAGGAUGUGGCCACCAAAGACAGCAAGUUCAAGAUGCCCAAGUUUAAGAUGCCCUCCUUCGGCGUGUCCACAACUGGCAAACCCAGCAUGGCAGCCACUAUGGAGGUGGCAGCUCCCAAGAUGGAAGCAGAGGGGUCCCCACUCUCCAUGCAGGGUGAACUUAAGACUCCAGACCUCAGCAUUCAUCUGCCGUCCUCCAAGCUGGAGGUCAAGGCAGGCCAGGCAGAUGUGAAGAUAGCAGACGUGCAGCUGCCUGAGGGAGAACAGAUCGCACAGGAUGCUGACGGAGCCAGCCUGAAGGGCCACCUGCCCAAAAUACAGAUGCCCAGCUUCAAGAUGCCCAAGGUGGACAAAAAGGGCCCAACAGUGGACGUGAAGGACCCCACAGCGGAUGAAAAGGGCCCCACAGUGGACGUGAAAAGCCCCAAAGCUGAGAAUAGUGGGCCUGACAUGGAAGUGUCCCUGCCCAGCGUGGAGGUUCAUGUCCAGGCUCCAGGUGUCAAACUGGAUGGGGACCAGGCCAUGGUCGAUAAGGACAUGGCCGUCAAAGACAGCAAGUUCAAGAUGCCCAAGACCAAGAUGUCCUCUUUUGGCGUUUCCGCAACAGGCAAACCCAGUAUGGAAGCCACUAUGGAGGUGGCAGCUCCCAAGAUGGAGGCAGAGGUGUCCCUGCCUUCCAUGCAGGGUGAACUUAAGUCUCCAAGGCUCAACAUUCAUCUGCCGUCCUCUAAUCUGGAGGUCAAAGCUGGAAAGGUAGAUGUGAAGGUGGCAGAAGUCCAGCUGCCUGAAGGAGAGACGACCGCACAGGAUGCUGACGGAGCCAUCCUGAAGGGCCACCUGCCCAAUUUGCAGAUGCCCAGCUUCAAGAUGCCCAAGGUGGACCUGAAGGGCUCCACAGUGGACAUGAAGGGCCCCACAGUGGACGUGAAGGGCCCCACAGUGGACGUGAAGGGCCACACAGUGGACGUGUCCCUGCCCAGCGUGGAGGUUCAUGUCCAGGCUCCAGGUGUCAAACUGGAUGGGGACCAGGCCAUGGUCGAUAAGGACAUGGCCGUCAAAGACAGCAAGUUCAAGAUGCCCAAGUUCAAGAUGCCCUCUUUUGGCGUUUCCGCAACAGGCAAACCCAGCAUGGAAGCCACUAUGGAGGUGGCAGCUCCCAAGAUGGAGGCAGAGGUGUCCCUGCCUUCCAUGCAGGGUGAACUUAAGUCUCCAAGCCUCAACAUUCAUCUGCCGUCCUCUAACCUGGAGGUCAAAGCUGGCCAGGUAGAUGUGAAGGUGGCAGAAGUCCAGCUGCCUGAAGGAGAGACGACCGCACAGGAUGCUGACGGAGCCAUCCUGAAGGGCCACCUGCCCAAUUUGCAGAUGCCCAGCUUCAAGAUGCCCAAGAUGGACCUGAAGGGCCCCACAGUGGACGUGAAGGGCCCCACAGUGGACGUGAAGGGCCCCACGGUGGACAUGAAAAGCCCCAAAGCUGAGAUUAGUGGGCCUGACAUGGAGGUUUCCCUGCCCAGCGUGGAGGUUCAUGUCCAGGCUCCAGGUGUCAAACUGGAUGGGGACCAGGCCAUGGUCGAUAAGGACAUGGCCGUCAAAGACAGCAAGUUCAAGAUGCCCAAGUUCAAGAUGCCCUCUUUUGGCGUUUCCGCAACAGGCAAACCCAGCAUGGAAGCCACUAUGGAGGUGGCAGCUCCCAAGAUGGAGGCAGAGGUGUCCCUGCCUUCCAUGCAGGGUGAACUUAAGUCUCCAAGCCUCAACAUUCAUCUGCCGUCCUCUAACCUGGAGGUCAAAGCUGGCCAGGUAGAUGUGAAGGUGGCAGAAGUCCAGCUGCCUGAAGGAGAGACGACCGCACUGGAUGCUGACGGAGCCAUCCUGAAGGGCCACCUGCCCAAUUUGCAGAUGCCCAGCUUCAAGAUGCCCAAGGUGGACCUGAAGGGCCCCACAGUGGACGUGAAGGGCCCCACAGUGGACGUGAAGGGCCCCACAGUGGACGCAAAGGGCCCCACGGUGGACGUGUCCCUGCCCAGCGUGGAGGUUCAUGUCCAGGCUCCAGGUGUCAAACUGGAUGGGGACCAGGCCAUGGUCGAUAAGGACAUGGCCGUCAAAGACAGCAAGUUCAAGAUGCCCAAGACCAAGAUGUCCUCUUUUGGCGUUUCCGCAACAGGCAAACCCAGUAUGGAAGCCACUAUGGAGGUGGCAGCUCCCAAGAUGGAGGCAGAGGUGUCCCUGCCUUCCAUGCAGGGUGAACUUAAGUCUCCAAGGCUCAACAUUCAUCUGCCGUCCUCUAAUCUGGAGGUCAAAGCUGGAAAGGUAGAUGUGAAGCUGCCUGAGGGAGAACAGAUCACACAGGAUGCUGACGGAGCCAGCCUGAAGGGCCACCUGCCCAAAAUACAGAUGCCCAGCUUCAAGAUGCCCAAGAUGGACAAAAAGGGCCCCACAGUGGAUGUGAAGGACCCCACAGCGGAUGAAAAGGGCCCCACAGUGGACGUGAAAAGCCCCAAAGCUGAGAUUAGUGGGCCUGACAUGGAAGUGUCCCUGCCCAGCGUGGAGGUUCAUGUCCAGGCUCCAGGUGUCAAACUGGAUGGGGACCAGGCCAUGGUCGAUAAGGACAUGGCCGUCAAAGACAGCAAGUUCAAGAUGCCCAAGUUCAAGAUGCCCUCUUUUGGCGUUUCCGCAACAGGCAAACCCAGCAUGGAAGCCACUAUGGAGGUGGCAGCUCCCAAGAUGGAGGCAGAGGUGUCCCUGCCUUCCAUGCAGGGUGAACUUAAGUCUCCAAGCCUCAACAUUCAUCUGCCGUCCUCUAACCUGGAGGUCAAAGCUGGCCAGGUAGAUGUGAAGGUGGCAGAAGUCCAGCUGCCUGAAGGUGAGACGACCGCACAGGAUGCUGACGGAGCCAUCCUGAAGGGCCACCUGCCCAAUUUGCAGAUGCCCAGCUUCAAGAUGCCCAAGAUGGACCUGAAGGGCCCCACAGUGGACGUGAAGGGCCCCACAGUGGACGUGAAGGGCCCCACGGUGGACAUGAAAAGCCCCAAAGCUGAGAUUAGUGGGCCUGACAUGGAGGUGUCCUUGCCUGGCGUGAAGGUAGACGUCCAGGCCCAAGGUGCCAAGCUACAGGAGGAUCUUCCCCAUGCUGCUCCAGGUGUCAAACUGGAUGGGGACCAGGCCAUGGUCGAUAAGGACAUGGCCGUCAAAGACAGCAAGUUCAAGAUGCCCAAGUUCAAGAUGCCCUCUUUUGGCGUUUCCGCAACAGGCAAACCCAGCAUGGAAGCCACUAUGGAGGUGGCAGCUCCCAAGAUGGAGGCAGAGGUGUCCCUGCCUUCCAUGCAGGGUGAACUUAAGUCUCCAAGCCUCAACAUUCAUCUGCCGUCCUCUAACCUGGAGGUCAAAGCUGGCCAGGUAGAUGUGAAGGUGGCAGAAGUCCAGCUGCCUGAAGGAGAGACGACCGCACAGGAUGCUGACGGAGCCAUCCUGAAGGGCCACCUGCCCAAUUUGCAGAUGCCCAGCUUCAAGAUGCCCAAGAUGGACCUGAAGGGCCCCACAGUGGACGUGAAGGGCCCCACAGUGGACGCGAAGGGCCCCACCGUGGACGUGAAAAGCCCCAAAGCUGAGAUUAGUGGGCCUGACAUGGAGGUGUCCUUGCCUGGCGUGAAGGUAGAUGUCCAGGCCCAAGGUGCCAAGCUACAGGAGGAUCUUCCCCAUGCUGUAACGCAUGAGGCCACCAAAGACAGCAAGUUCAAGAUGCCCAAGUUUAAGAUGCCCUCCUUCGGCGUGUCCACAACUGGCAAACCCAGCAUGGCAGCCACUAUGGAGGUGGCAGCUCCCAAGAUGGAAGCAGAGGGGUCCCCGCUCUCCAUGCAGGGUGAACUUAAGACUCCAGACCUCAGCAUUCAUCUGCCGUCCUCCAAGCUGGAGGUCAAGGCAGGCCAGGCAGAUGUGAAGAUAGCAGACGUGCAGCUGCCUGAGGGAGAACAGAUCGCACAGGAUGCUGACGGAGCCAUCCUGAAGGGCCACCUGCCCAAUUUGCAGAUGCCCAGCUUCAAGAUGCCCAAGAUGGACCUGAAGGGCCCCACAGUGGACGUGAAGGGCCCCACAGUGGACGCGAAGGGCCCCACGGUGGACAUGAAAAGCCCCAAAGCUGAGAUUAGUGGGCCUGACAUGGAGGUGUCCUUGCCUGGCGUGAAGGUAGACGUCCAGGCCCAAGGUGCCAAGCUACAGGAGGAUCUUCCCCAUGCUGCUCCAGGUGUCAAACUGGAUGGGGACCAGGCCAUGGUCGAUAAGGACAUGGCCGUCAAAGACAGCAAGUUCAAGAUGCCCAAGUUCAAGAUGCCCUCUUUUGGCGUUUCCGCAACAGGCAAACCCAGCAUGGAAGCCACUAUGGAGGUGGCAGCUCCCAAGAUGGAGGCAGAGGUGUCCCUGCCUUCCAUGCAGGGUGAACUUAAAUCUCCAAGCCUCAACAUUCAUCUGCCGUCCUCUAACCUGGAGGUCAAAGCGGGCCAGGUAGAUGUGAAGGUGGCAGAAGUCCAGCUGCCUGAAGGAGAGACGACCACACAGGAUGCUGACGGAGCCAUCCUGAAGGGCCACCUGCCCAAUUUGCAGAUGCCCAGCUUCAAGAUGCCCAAGGUGGACCUGAAGGGCCCCACGGUGGACGUGAAAAGCCCCAAAGCUGAGAUUAGUGGCCCCCAAAGCGAUGUGAAAAUGCAGGAUUUAGAGGUUUCCCUGCCCAGCGUGGAGGUUCAUGUCCAGGCUCCAGGUGUCAAACUGGAUGGGGACCAGGCCAUGGUCGAUAAGGACAUGGCCGUCAAAGACAGCAAGUUCAAGAUGCCCAAGUUCAAGAUGCCCUCUUUUGGCGUUUCCGCAACAGGCAAACCCAGCAUGGAAGCCACUAUGGAGGUGGCAGCUCCCAAGAUGGAGGCAGAGGUGUCCCUGCCUUCCAUGCAGGGUGAACUUAAGUCUCCAAGCCUCAACAUUCAUCUGCCGUCCUCUAACCUGGAGGUCAAAGCUGGCCAGGUAGAUGUGAAGGUGGCAGAAGUCCAGCUGCCUGAAGGAGAGACGACCGCACAGGAUGCUGACGGAGCCAUCCUGAAGGGCCACCUGCCCAAUUUGCAGAUGCCCAGCUUCAAGAUGCCCAAGAUGGACCUGAAGGGCCCCACAGUGGACGUGAAGGGCCCCACAGUGGACGCGAAGGGCCCCACCGUGGACGUGAAAAGCCCCAAAGCUGAGAUUAGUGGGCCUGACAUGGAGGUGUCCUUGCCUGGCGUGAAGGUAGAUGUCCAGGCCCAAGGUGCCAAGCUACAGGAGGAUCUUCCCCAUGCUGUAACGCAUGAGGCCACCAAAGACAGCAAGUUCAAGAUGCCCAAGUUUAAGAUGCCCUCCUUCGGCGUGUCCACAACUGGCAAACCCAGCAUGGCAGCCACUAUGGAGGUGGCAGCUCCCAAGAUGGAAGCAGAGGGGUCCCCGCUCUCCAUGCAGGGUGAACUUAAGACUCCAGACCUCAGCAUUCAUCUGCCGUCCUCCAAGCUGGAGGUCAAGGCAGGCCAGGCAGAUGUGAAGAUAGCAGACGUGCAGCUGCCUGAGGGAGAACAGAUCGCACAGGAUGCUGACGGAGCCAUCCUGAAGGGCCACCUGCCCAAUUUGCAGAUGCCCAGCUUCAAGAUGCCCAAGAUGGACCUGAAGGGCCCCACAGUGGACGUGAAGGGCCCCACAGUGGACGCGAAGGGCCCCACGGUGGACAUGAAAAGCCCCAAAGCUGAGAUUAGUGUGCCUGACAUGGAGGUGUCCUUGCCUGGCGUGAAGGUAGACGUCCAGGCCCAAGGUGCCAAGCUACAGGAGGAUCUUCCCCAUGCUGUAACGCAUGAGGCCACCAAAGACAGCAAGUUCAAGAUGCCCAAGUUUAAGAUGCCCUCCUUCGGCGUGUCCACAACUGGCAAACCCAGCAUGGCAGCCACUAUGGAGGUGGCAGCUCCCAAGAUGGAAGCAGAGGGGUCCCCGCUCUCCAUGCAGGGUGAACUUAAGACUCCAGACCUCAGCAUUCAUCUGCCGUCCUCCAAGCUGGAGGUCAAGGCAGGCCAGGCUGAUGUGAAGAUAGCAGACGUGCAGCUGCCUGAGGGAGAACAGAUCGCACAGGAUGCUGACGGAGCCAGCCUGAAGGGCCACCUGCCCAAAAUACAGAUGCCCAGCUUCAAGAUGCCCAAGGUGGACAAAAAGGGCCCCACAGUGGACGUGAAGGACCCCACAGCGGAUGAAAAGGGCCCCACAGUGGACGUGAAAAGCCCCAAAGCUGAGAUUAGUGGGCCUGACAUGGAGGUGUCCUUGCCUGGCGUGAAGGUAGACGUCCAGGCCCUAGGUGCCAAGCUACAGAAGGACCUGCCCCAUUCUGAAAAGGAUGUGGCCACCAAAGACAGCAAGUUCAAGAUGCCCAGCUUCAAGAUGCCCAAGGUGGACCUGAAGGGACCCCAUGUGGACUUCAAGGACCCCAAAGUGGAGCAGAAGGGCCCCACAGUGGACGCAAAGGGCCCCACGGUGGAGGUGAAAAGCCCCAAAAGCGAUGUGAAAAUGCAGGAUUUAGAGGUGUCCCUGCCCAGCGUGGAGGUUCAUGUCCAGGCUCCAGGUGUCAAACUGGAUGGGGACCAGGCCAUGGUCGAUAAGGACAUGGCCGUCAAAGACAGCAAGUUCAAGAUGCCCAAGUUCAAGAUGCCCUCUUUUGGCGUUUCCGCAACAGGCAAACCCAGCAUGGAAGCCACUAUGGAGGUGGCAGCUCCCAAGAUGGAGGCAGAGGUGUCCCUGCCUUCCAUGCAGGGUGAACUUAAAUCUCCAAGCCUCAACAUUCAUCUGCCGUCCUCUAACCUGGAGGUCAAAGCGGGCCAGGUAGAUGUGAAGCUGCCUGAGGGAGAACAGAUCGCACAGGAUGCUGACGGAGCCAGCCUGAAGGGCCACCUGCCCAAAAUACAGAUGCCCAGCUUCAAGAUGCCCAAGGUGGACAAAAAGGGCCCCACAGUGGACGUGAAGGACCCCACAGCGGAUGAAAAGGGCCCCACAGUGGACGUGAAAAGCCCCAAAGAUGAGAUUAGUGGGCCUGACAUGCAGGUGUCCUUGCCUGGCGUGAAGGUAGACAUCCAGGCCCUAGGUGCCAAGCUACAGGAGGAUCUUCCCCAUGCUGCUCCAGGUGUCAAACUGGAUGGGGACCAGGCCAUGGUCGAUAAGGACAUGGCCGUCAAAGACAGCAAGUUCAAGAUGCCCAAGUUCAAGAUGCCCUCUUUUGGCGUUUCCGCAACAGGCAAACCCAGCAUGGAAGCCACUAUGGAGGUGGCAGCUCCCAAGAUGGAGGCAGAGGUGUCCCUGCCUUCCAUGCAGGGUGAACUUAAGUCUCCAAGCCUCAACAUUCAUCUGCCGUCCUCUAACCUGGAGGUCAAAGCUGGCCAGGUAGAUGUGAAGGUGGCAGAAGUCCAGCUGCCUGAAGGAGAGACGACCGCACAGGAUGCUGACGGAGCCAUCCUGAAGGGCCACCUGCCCAAUUUGCAGAUGCCCAGCUUCAAGAUGCCCAAGAUGGACCUGAAGGGCCCCACAGUGGACGUGAAGGGCCCCACAGUGGACGCGAAGGGCCCCACCGUGGACGUGAAAAGCCCCAAAGCUGAGAUUAGUGGGCCUGACAUGGAGGUGUCCUUGCCUGGCGUGAAGGUAGAUGUCCAGGCCCAAGGUGCCAAGCUACAGGAGGAUCUUCCCCAUGCUGUAACGCAUGAGGCCACCAAAGACAGCAAGUUCAAGAUGCCCAAGUUUAAGAUGCCCUCCUUCGGCGUGUCCACAACUGGCAAACCCAGCAUGGCAGCCACUAUGGAGGUGGCAGCUCCCAAGAUGGAAGCAGAGGGGUCCCCGCUCUCCAUGCAGGGUGAACUUAAGACUCCAGACCUCAGCAUUCAUCUGCCGUCCUCCAAGCUGGAGGUCAAGGCAGGCCAGGCAGAUGUGAAGAUAGCAGACGUGCAGCUGCCUGAGGGAGAACAGAUCGCACAGGAUGCUGACGGAGCCAUCCUGAAGGGCCACCUGCCCAAUUUGCAGAUGCCCAGCUUCAAGAUGCCCAAGAUGGACCUGAAGGGCCCCACAGUGGACGUGAAGGGCCCCACAGUGGACGCGAAGGGCCCCACGGUGGACAUGAAAAGCCCCAAAGCUGAGAUUAGUGUGCCUGACAUGGAGGUGUCCUUGCCUGGCGUGAAGGUAGACGUCCAGGCCCAAGGUGCCAAGCUACAGGAGGAUCUUCCCCAUGCUGUAACGCAUGAGGCCACCAAAGACAGCAAGUUCAAGAUGCCCAAGUUUAAGAUGCCCUCCUUCGGCGUGUCCACAACUGGCAAACCCAGCAUGGCAGCCACUAUGGAGGUGGCAGCUCCCAAGAUGGAAGCAGAGGGGUCCCCGCUCUCCAUGCAGGGUGAACUUAAGACUCCAGACCUCAGCAUUCAUCUGCCGUCCUCCAAGCUGGAGGUCAAGGCAGGCCAGGCUGAUGUGAAGAUAGCAGACGUGCAGCUGCCUGAGGGAGAACAGAUCGCACAGGAUGCUGACGGAGCCAGCCUGAAGGGCCACCUGCCCAAAAUACAGAUGCCCAGCUUCAAGAUGCCCAAGGUGGACAAAAAGGGCCCCACAGUGGACGUGAAGGACCCCACAGCGGAUGAAAAGGGCCCCACAGUGGACGUGAAAAGCCCCAAAGCUGAGAUUAGUGGGCCUGACAUGGAGGUGUCCUUGCCUGGCGUGAAGGUAGACGUCCAGGCCCUAGGUGCCAAGCUACAGAAGGACCUGCCCCAUUCUGAAAAGGAUGUGGCCACCAAAGACAGCAAGUUCAAGAUGCCCAGCUUCAAGAUGCCCAAGGUGGACCUGAAGGGACCCCAUGUGGACUUCAAGGACCCCAAAGUGGAGCAGAAGGGCCCCACAGUGGACGCAAAGGGCCCCACGGUGGAGGUGAAAAGCCCCAAAAGCGAUGUGAAAAUGCAGGAUUUAGAGGUGUCCCUGCCCAGCGUGGAGGUUCAUGUCCAGGCUCCAGGUGUCAAACUGGAUGGGGACCAGGCCAUGGUCGAUAAGGACAUGGCCGUCAAAGACAGCAAGUUCAAGAUGCCCAAGUUCAAGAUGCCCUCUUUUGGCGUUUCCGCAACAGGCAAACCCAGCAUGGAAGCCACUAUGGAGGUGGCAGCUCCCAAGAUGGAGGCAGAGGUGUCCCUGCCUUCCAUGCAGGGUGAACUUAAAUCUCCAAGCCUCAACAUUCAUCUGCCGUCCUCUAACCUGGAGGUCAAAGCGGGCCAGGUAGAUGUGAAGGUGGCAGAAGUCCAGCUGCCUGAAGGAGAGACGACCGCACAGGAUGCUGACGGAGCCAUCCUGAAGGGCCACCUGCCCAAUUUGCAGAUGCCCAGCUUCAAGAUGCCCAAGGUGGACCUGAAGGGCCCCACGGUGGACGUGAAAAGCCCCAAAGCUGAGAUUAGUGGGCCUGACAUGGCGGUGUCCUUGCCUGGCGUGAAGGUAGACGUCCAGGCCCAAGGUGCCAAGCUACAGGAGGAUCUUCCCCAUGCUGUAACGCAUGAGGCCACCAAAGACAGCAAGUUCAAGAUGCCCAAGUUUAAGAUGCCCUCCUUCGGCGUGUCCACAACUGGCAAACCCAGCAUGGCAGCCACUAUGGAGGUGGCAGCUCCCAAGAUGGAAGCAGAGGGGUCCCCGCUCUCCAUGCAGGGUGAACUUAAGACUCCAGACCUCAGCAUUCAUCUGCCGUCCUCCAAGCUGGAGGUCAAGGCAGGCCAGGCAGAUGUGAAGAUAGCAGACGUGCAGCUGCCUGAGGGAGAACAGAUCGCACAGGAUGCUGACGGAGCCAGCCUGAAGGGCCACCUGCCCAAAAUACAGAUGCCCAGCUUCAAGAUGCCCAAGGUGGACAAAAAGGGCCCCACAGUGGACGUGAAGGACCCCACAGCGGAUGAAAAGGGCCCCACAGUGGACGUGAAAAGCCCCAAAGAUGAGAUUAGUGGGCCUGACAUGCAGGUGUCCCUGCCCAGCGUGGAGGUUCAUGUCCAGGCUCCAGGUGUCAAACUGGAUGGGGACCAGGCCAUGGUCGAUAAGGACAUGGCCGUCAAAGACAGCAAGUUCAAGAUGCCCAAGUUCAAGAUGCCCUCUUUUGGCGUUUCCGCAACAGGCAAACCCAGCAUGGAAGCCACUAUGGAGGUGGCAGCUCCCAAGAUGGAGGCAGAGGUGUCCCUGCCUUCCAUGCAGGGUGAACUUAAGUCUCCAAGCCUCAACAUUCAUCUGCCGUCCUCUAACCUGGAGGUCAAAGCUGGCCAGGUAGAUGUGAAGGUGGCAGAAGUCCAGCUGCCUGAAGGAGAGACGACCGCACAGGAUGCUGACGGAGCCAUCCUGAAGGGCCACCUGCCCAAUUUGCAGAUGCCCAGCUUCAAGAUGCCCAAGAUGGACCUGAAGGGCCCCACAGUGGACGUGAAGGGCCCCACAGUGGACGCGAAGGGCCCCACCGUGGACGUGAAAAGCCCCAAAGCUGAGAUUAGUGGGCCUGACAUGGAGGUGUCCUUGCCUGGCGUGAAGGUAGAUGUCCAGGCCCAAGGUGCCAAGCUACAGGAGGAUCUUCCCCAUGCUGUAACGCAUGAGGCCACCAAAGACAGCAAGUUCAAGAUGCCCAAGUUUAAGAUGCCCUCCUUCGGCGUGUCCACAACUGGCAAACCCAGCAUGGCAGCCACUAUGGAGGUGGCAGCUCCCAAGAUGGAAGCAGAGGGGUCCCCGCUCUCCAUGCAGGGUGAACUUAAGACUCCAGACCUCAGCAUUCAUCUGCCGUCCUCCAAGCUGGAGGUCAAGGCAGGCCAGGCAGAUGUGAAGAUAGCAGACGUGCAGCUGCCUGAGGGAGAACAGAUCGCACAGGAUGCUGACGGAGCCAUCCUGAAGGGCCACCUGCCCAAUUUGCAGAUGCCCAGCUUCAAGAUGCCCAAGAUGGACCUGAAGGGCCCCACAGUGGACGUGAAGGGCCCCACAGUGGACGCGAAGGGCCCCACGGUGGACAUGAAAAGCCCCAAAGCUGAGAUUAGUGUGCCUGACAUGGAGGUGUCCUUGCCUGGCGUGAAGGUAGACGUCCAGGCCCAAGGUGCCAAGCUACAGGAGGAUCUUCCCCAUGCUGUAACGCAUGAGGCCACCAAAGACAGCAAGUUCAAGAUGCCCAAGUUUAAGAUGCCCUCCUUCGGCGUGUCCACAACUGGCAAACCCAGCAUGGCAGCCACUAUGGAGGUGGCAGCUCCCAAGAUGGAAGCAGAGGGGUCCCCGCUCUCCAUGCAGGGUGAACUUAAGACUCCAGACCUCAGCAUUCAUCUGCCGUCCUCCAAGCUGGAGGUCAAGGCAGGCCAGGCUGAUGUGAAGAUAGCAGACGUGCAGCUGCCUGAGGGAGAACAGAUCGCACAGGAUGCUGACGGAGCCAGCCUGAAGGGCCACCUGCCCAAAAUACAGAUGCCCAGCUUCAAGAUGCCCAAGGUGGACAAAAAGGGCCCCACAGUGGACGUGAAGGACCCCACAGCGGAUGAAAAGGGCCCCACAGUGGACGUGAAAAGCCCCAAAGCUGAGAUUAGUGGGCCUGACAUGGAGGUGUCCUUGCCUGGCGUGAAGGUAGACGUCCAGGCCCUAGGUGCCAAGCUACAGAAGGACCUGCCCCAUUCUGAAAAGGAUGUGGCCACCAAAGACAGCAAGUUCAAGAUGCCCAGCUUCAAGAUGCCCAAGGUGGACCUGAAGGGACCCCAUGUGGACUUCAAGGACCCCAAAGUGGAGCAGAAGGGCCCCACAGUGGACGCAAAGGGCCCCACGGUGGAGGUGAAAAGCCCCAAAAGCGAUGUGAAAAUGCAGGAUUUAGAGGUGUCCCUGCCCAGCGUGGAGGUUCAUGUCCAGGCUCCAGGUGUCAAACUGGAUGGGGACCAGGCCAUGGUCGAUAAGGACAUGGCCGUCAAAGACAGCAAGUUCAAGAUGCCCAAGUUCAAGAUGCCCUCUUUUGGCGUUUCCGCAACAGGCAAACCCAGCAUGGAAGCCACUAUGGAGGUGGCAGCUCCCAAGAUGGAGGCAGAGGUGUCCCUGCCUUCCAUGCAGGGUGAACUUAAAUCUCCAAGCCUCAACAUUCAUCUGCCGUCCUCUAACCUGGAGGUCAAAGCGGGCCAGGUAGAUGUGAAGGUGGCAGAAGUCCAGCUGCCUGAAGGAGAGACGACCGCACAGGAUGCUGACGGAGCCAUCCUGAAGGGCCACCUGCCCAAUUUGCAGAUGCCCAGCUUCAAGAUGCCCAAGGUGGACCUGAAGGGCCCCACGGUGGACGUGAAAAGCCCCAAAGCUGAGAUUAGUGGGCCUGACAUGGAGGUGUCCUUGCCUGGCGUGAAGGUGUCCCUGCCCAGCGUGGAGGUUCAUGUCCAGGCUCCAGGUGUCAAACUGGAUGGGGACCAGGCCAUGGUCGAUAAGGACAUGGCCGUCAAAGACAGCAAGUUCAAGAUGCCCAAGUUCAAGAUGCCCUCUUUUGGCGUUUCCGCAACAGGCAAACCCAGCAUGGAAGCCACUAUGGAGGUGGCAGCUCCCAAGAUGGAGGCAGAGGUGUCCCUGCCUUCCAUGCAGGGUGAACUUAAGUCUCCAAGCCUCAACAUUCAUCUGCCGUCCUCUAACCUGGAGGUCAAAGCUGGCCAGGUAGAUGUGAAGGUGGCAGAAGUCCAGCUGCCUGAAGGAGAGACGACCGCACAGGAUGCUGACGGAGCCAUCCUGAAGGGCCACCUGCCCAAUUUGCAGAUGCCCAGCUUCAAGAUGCCCAAGAUGGACCUGAAGGGCCCCACAGUGGACGUGAAGGGCCCCACAGUGGACGCGAAGGGCCCCACGGUGGACGUGAAAAGCCCCAAAGCUGAGAUUAGUGGGCCUGACAUGGAGGUUCAUGUCCAGGCUCCAGGUGUCAAACUGGAUGGGGACCAGGCCAUGGUCGAUAAGGACAUGGCCGUCAAAGACAGCAAGUUCAAGAUGCCCAAGUUCAAGAUGCCCUCUUUUGGCGUUUCCGCAACAGGCAAACCCAGCAUGGAAGCCACUAUGGAGGUGGCAGCUCCCAAGAUGGAGGCAGAGGUGUCCCGGCCUUCCAUGCAGGGUGAACUUAAGUCUCCAAGCCUCAACAUUCAUCUGCCGUCCUCUAACCUGGAGGUCAAAGCUGGCCAGGUAGAUGUGAAGGUGGCAGAAGUCCAGCUGCCUGAAGGAGAGACGACCGCACAGGAUGCUGACGGAGCCAUCCUGAAGGGCCACCUGCCCAAUUUGCAGAUGCCCAGCUUCAAGAUGCCUAAGGUCGACCUGAAGGGCCCCACAGUGUACGUGAAGGGCCCCACAGUGGACGUGAAGGGCCCCACAGUGGACGCAAAGGGCCCCACGGUGGACGUGAAAAGCCCCAAAGCUGAGAUUAGUGGGCCUGACAUGGAGGUGUCCUUGCCUGGCGUGAAGGUAGACGUCCAGGCCCAAGGUGCCAAGCUACAGGAGGAUCUUCCCCAUGCUGUAACGCAUGAGGCCACCAAAGACAGCAAGUUCAAGAUGCCCAAGUUUAAGAUGCCCUCCUUCGGCGUGUCCACAACUGGCAAACCCAGCAUGGCAGCCACUAUGGAGGUGGCAGCUCCCAAGAUGGAAGCAGAGGGGUCCCCGCUCUCCAUGCAGGGUGAACUUAAGACUCCAGACCUCAGCAUUCAUCUGCCGUCCUCCAAGCUGGAGGUCAAGGCAGGCCAGGCAGAUGUGAAGAUAGCAGACGUGCAGCUGCCUGAGGGAGAACAGAUCGCACAGGAUGCUGACGGAGCCAGCCUGAAGGGCCACCUGCCCAAAAUACAGAUGCCCAGCUUCAAGAUGCCCAAGGUGGACAAAAAGGGCCCCACAGUGGACGUGAAGGACCCCACAGCGGAUGAAAAGGGCCCCACAGUGGACGUGAAAAGCCCCAAAGCUGAGAUUAGUGGGCCUGACAUGGAGGUGUCCUUGCCUGGCGUGAAGGUAGACAUCCAGGCCCUAGGUGCCAAGCUACAGGAGGGUCUUCCCCAUGCUGUAUCGCAUGAGGCCACCAAAGACAGCAAGUUCAAGAUGCCCAGCUUCAAGAUGCCCAAGGUGGACCUGAAGGGACCCCAUGUGGACUUCAAGGACCCCAAAGUGGAGCAGAAGGGCCCCACAGUGGACGCAAAGGGCCCCACGGUGGAGGUGAAAAGCCCCAAAAGCGAUGUGAAAAUGCAGGAUUUAGAGGUGUCCCUGCCCAGCGUGGAGGUUCAUGUCCAGGCUCCAGGUGUCAAACUUGAUGGGGACCAGGCCAUGGUCGAUAAGGACAUGGCCGUCAAAGACAGCAAGUUCAAGAUGCCCAAGUUCAAGAUGCCCUCUUUUGGCGUUUCCGCAACAGGCAAACCCAGCAUGGAAGCCACUAUGGAGGUGGCAGCUCCCAAGAUGGAGGCAGAGGUGUCCCUGCCUUCCAUGCAGGGUGAACUUAAGUCUCCAAGCCUCAACAUUCAUCUGCCGUCCUCCAAGCUGGAGGGCAUGGAUUGCCAUGUAGAUGUGAAGAUUGAAGAUGCUCAGCUGGCCGAUGGAAAUCAGGCUACACAGGAGCCACCUGGAGCCAGCAUGAAGUUUAACCUUCCCUCGGUGGAGAUAUCUAGCCUCAAGAUAAGCAAGCUGGACCUGACGGGCCCCACAGAUGGCAUUAAAAUCCCCAGUGAAGUGGUGUGCGGACCCGACGUGGAGCUGUUCCUCUCUGGUGUGCAGGCUGACCUCCAGACUCAGCCUUCCUCUGUGGUUGUUAGUAUGGUCGAAGAGCUGCCUGUUUCCCAUGUUUCGGGUGAAUCCUCAAUUGAGUCUGCAAAUACUCCCCCACUUGAUGGAUCUGAUCGGGAAGGAGAGGGAAGUUCCUUCAAAUUGCCACACUUCAAGCUCCGUCCAUUUACUUUGUCUCCAAAAAAGAAAGCAGAGUCUGCAGGUAAUUCUGAGUCCCCACAGGUGGAUCCCAUCCAUAGUCCUGAUGUUUCUGUAGUUGAAAUGGACCCUCAAAUUGGGACUUGUGAAUUGCACCAGCAUGUAUCUAUCGAGAAGGAAGCAGAGAAGGGAAGAAGCCGGAAGCUGAGCUUUUCCAUGCCACGACUUGCACUGCCCAAGAUAAAAGGUUCUAAGGGGCGAGCUGGCACUCCGGAGGGAGAAGUGAAGCCAUCACUUACUGGUACUACAGCUGGAGGUAACUUGGUAGUCAUAGAAACCACUCUCAGUGAUACCCAUGUUAGGGGCACUAGAUCAAAAGAUGUCGCUACAGCACCCAGCAUCAGAUCCCCCUCCAUGCCUGCAGAAGUGACUGGGUGCAAAACUGAUCUUGGGCUUCUCGAAGAUGCCUUGGAUAUCAGAGGUGACAGCCAGAGUCAUAUGUUUGUGGGUGUGUCUGCAAGUCAGCCCUUUGGGGAACUGACAGCAUCUGUGACAGGAGACCUGCAGCCAUCCUGUAGACAAAGACAUAGCGCCCCCACCAUGGAAAGCCCUGAGAUGGAUCCCACAGCAAAAGAGACAACAAAGUAUUCACAUGAGCGCCACUUCAAAAUGCCCAAGUUCCGAGUUCGUGGUUUCAGGCACUCCUCAUCCAAGGAGCGAGAUGGGGCUGGAGAACAGGAAGCUACUCAGACUCCAGACGCUGGCAUAGCCUUAGAGACAGAAGUAGCAGCUGCCAAUGAGCCUGAGUCAAAAUUAGAGGUACAUGUCUCCCUGGGGUCCCCAGAGGAAGGGAUCAGUGUGGAAACCCCAAAAAGCCCUACGUAUGCAGAUGUUGUAAAACGUGAUCUUCAUGGAACAGGUGUUAGGAUGCAUGGCUCCACUGUGGGGAUGUCCCAGACACAUCUGUCCACCCAUGAGUUAGGGACCCAUCCAGGCAAAAACUCUUCUAGUGUGAGCGUCUCAGGACUCCAGCUUCCUCCAGAAGGAACAGGCAAGCAACAGCAUCCUGGGUCAGGAGGAAACAUUCUUGCUGAGGUGGCAGCUGGAGCAGGAACCUGGCCUUCUCAGCCCCAAGGACCUCUGAGGUUGAAGGCUUCCAUCACUGAUAUGCCAUCCCACGUCUCCGUGGUGAGCACGAGUCAGCUCUGGGAGGAUUCUGUGUUGACUGUAACAUUCCCCAAAUUAAAGGUACCCAAGUUCUCCUUCCAUGCCUCCAGCUCUGAGGCUGAUGUAUUCUUCCCUGUGGUGAGGGAGGUGCAAUGUGCAGAGGCCAGCAUUGACAGUGCCAUGCAUAAAGAUGGUCCUGAGCUCUGGGAAGCCAGCAUUCUAAAGACAGACGCUGAGGAUCCUAGAGGGCCACCAGUAAGCCUUGAGCAAUCCGUGGAACCAUUCCCUAUUUCUAAGGUCAGAGUGCACAUUCAGGGCUCUCAAGGUGAGAGUCAAGAAGUCGCUUUUUGCAGCAGGACGGAACGAGAGGGUUCUGACUCCUCAGCAUGCGAAGCCUUUUCUACUCAGAUUGUGCGGGAAUCAGAGAUUCCUGUGUCUACAAUUCAAACUCCUUCUUACGGGUUUUCUUUGCUGAAAGUGAAAAUCCCAGAGCCCUCUGUGCAGGCUAGCGUGCAAACAGGAGCUCCCGACUGCCAGGUGCAGGAGGACUCGGUGGGUGGAGCUCCCCGAGCUGCUGCAGGGAGACACUUCAUUCCUGCUGAUUUCCCACCUGAUACUAGCGAGCCCUUUGAGAUGAUCUCCUGCAGUGCUGGCGUGCCUCCUGGGCCCCAGCUCACAGACAGCACCUCUGAUGAGGAGCAGGCAGAGAUUCUCGAAUUUCCUGAGGACAGCCGAGAGGUAAAGACCCCUGAGAUGGCUACAAAACAGAAGCCAGAAGGAAAGAAGGCCAGCCUGUUGUGGUCCUGGCUGCCAAGCAUUGGGUUCUCCUCUGUGGAAGAGACAGCUGCUGAUUCCGGAGAUGCUGCCCAGAGACCUGCCCCUGUCCACGUGCAGCCUGCUGCUCGACUGGACCCUGAACUGCCCAGGAAACAGGAGAAGGCGGGCUGGUUCCGCUUCCCUAAGCUGGGAUUCUCCUCUUCACCUACGAAGAUCAGAAGCGCCGAAGGUGGGGACGUUCAGGUGGAGCAGAAGCCCCAGGAAGAAACCCUCACCUUUUUUGAUGCCCGAGAAAGCUUCUCUCCCGAGGAGGAACCUGAGCCAGAGGUGACCAGUGCCAGGCCUGGUUCCAAAGCAAUGGUGGCAUCCUCUGCCAGAACAGAACUAGUACUGUUGGAACAGGCUAGAGAUACCGGUGACAAAUCUACACCUAGGCCUGUGGCCAAAUGAGGGCCGGAGGUCAGAGUCGGUGGAAGAGAUAAACAAAGCAAGCUGAGCAUUGGGCCUGGGCUCUGUGAAAGCAGCCUACCCUAGAAUGCACCUUUACACCUUGGUCCGCGGACUUGAAACCAAAGCACAGAUGAAUAGCGCGUCUGUGUCACAUAACACAGUCAUCCACACAGAAAUAAAAAUUAUGCUAGUUUCUUCCAAGCUUUGGAAGCAACGAAGGCUGCAAAAUUGUCUAGCUCUGUGCGUUACUGCUGGAGAACUCUGUUGGCUUUUGUGGGGUAAGUCCCAAGAAGCCACCCAGUGCCAGGAAAGCAACAUUGCCCCUGGAGUUCCCAUAUCUGUGGGCAGAAGCAGCUUUUGGUGUAAUCUCUGCCCCAUCGUUGCCGUUUCCUGGUGAGUUCUCUUUUCCUGUCAGGCAGAAUAUGGGGUGCCCCGGGAAACCCCCAUACCUUCUUGUUCGUGAACUUCCUCCUUUGCUGACUGUUUUGCUUUGAGACAUUGACUGUGAUGAGGAGUAUGUGUGGCAGAAAGGUCUGGCCGGUGGCAGACUGCGCUCAGUGAUAGGGCACAGACACGGGGUUGCCAUCAAACCUUGGUUGUGUUUAUUUGUCUACCUGCCCACUGGUGUCAACUAAUUCCCCCGGUGUGUACGAGUUCUUUGCUCUGGCUCCUGAGCACCUCAUGGUACUGAUUGUAGACCGGACAGACCAUCCCCUUCAGUCCCCUCCUACUGGGCAAUAAAGGAAACGA